CCAAGGUGGUUUUCACCUUGGUUCUUCUUUUUCGCUUCGUCGUUUUUGUCUAUUUCUGUUUUGAAUUUGAACCAGUUUCUUCGCCCAUUUUUUGGGUUUCUGAUUCUCCCUCUUUCUGAGGAGCGCAAGGAGAGAGAGAGAGAGAGAGACAGAGGGGGGGGGGGAGAGAGAGAGAGAGAGAGAGAGAGAGAAUGGAGAGUGUACCGCUGUGGCAGGCGGUGUCCUUGACAGGAAUUCUCACAUGGGUCGUCAUAUCUUCUUCCUUCAAUGUGACCCAGAAGCUUAGAUCCUUAAUUCAGCCAUGGGUGGCUCGCCGUGUUGUCUCUGGCACUCCUCUCAUCCUUCAGAUCCAGAAAUUUCAGCAUGUAUACUUGGACGGGUUGUUUUCUGGAUUGUCCUGCGUUGUUUCUGUGCCUUUCUAUACUGCUUUUCUCCCCCUUCUCUUUUGGAGUGGGCAUGGCAAAUUGGCUAGGCAGAUGACCCUUUUGAUGGCUUUCUGUGAUUAUAUGGGGAACUGUACAAAGGAUGUGAUAUCAGCUCCUAGGCCCAGUUCCCCACCUGUUAGGAGAGUGACUGCUACGGCAGAUGAGAAAGAGAAUGCCCAGGAAUAUGGAUUGCCUUCCUCGCAUACACUUAAUACAGUGUGCUUGUCUGGGUACCUUUUGUACUAUAUCCUGUCUUGUACUCAACACAAAGAUGCCUCCAUGGAAUUGGCUGGAGUUUCCAUAGUUUGCUUGCUUGUGGGUCUCAUUGGUUGUGGUAGGAUUUACCUUGGCAUGCACAGUUUGAUUGAUGUCAUUAUUGGCCUUGCUUUUGGGCUGGCGAUCCUUGCAUUUUGGCUUGCUGUGCAUGAAUACAUUGACAAUUUCAUAGUCUCGGGACAGAAUGUUACAUCAUUUUGGGCUGCCCUUAGCUUCUUGUUGCUCUUUGCUUAUCCGACGCCUGAGCUUCCAACUCCAAGCUUUGAGUACCACACAGCCUUCAAUGGUGUGGCAUUGGGAAUUGUGACCGGGGUCCAGCAAACUUACCAUCAGUUUCACCAUGAGAAGGUUGCACGCAUCUUCACCCCCAAACUCACGGUCUCUGUCUUCUUCGGAAGAAUGCUUGUGGGAAUUCCAGCUAUACUUGUUGUGAAGUUCUGCAGCAAGGCUCUCGCCAAAUGGAUUCUUCCCACAGUAUCACACACGUUGGGCAUCCCAAUAAGAUCAACCGCAUACAUUCCCACACUAAAUGUAUCAAUUAAUGGUCAAAAAACAAAUGGGAAUAAGCAAUUGGGUAAUCUACAAAAGCUCUCCUUUUCCCACCAGGACUCAUUUGACGUCGAUACAGGCAUUAGGUUCGUUCAGUAUGCUGGCCUUGCCUGGUCCGUUGUAGACCUUGUUCCAUCUCUAUUUUCUCACCUGAGCUUGUGAUUCUUUGGCCCUAUUGUAAUAUAAUAUCCUUUGCCUUUGCCUGAAUUUAUCGAGUUUCAAUAUUAACAUGGUAUAUGCUCAUCAUUUUUUAGAUCA